UCUAAGGCAAGCUGAUCUUUGCCCAGCUUCUCUACAAAAGCCACUUUCCCUUCUCUUUAUGCUCAGCUGCCAAAAAAAGAGACAGCCGUCAACGCCAUUUUUAUUUCCUUAAAUUCGUGCUUUGGGGACAUGGAAGAACGUCGUCUGUUUUAGACGGAAAAUAACAUGGAAUUUGCCUUAUCCCCGGAAAGUGUCCUGAAAUUGUGGUCUGGCCUGUUUGUCGGCGAAGAGAAGCGCGUCGGGACCCGGACGAUCCUUGUUGGCCAUCGCUCUGUUUCCGAAACGGAUGCUUGCAUUCCCCAGAAAUUCUGCUCGAACCAGAUCGUCUCAUCCAAGUACACCAUCUGGAAUUUCCUCCCAAAGAAUCUCUUUGAACAGUUUCGAAGAAUCGCCAACUUUUACUUCCUCAUCAUCUUCCUUGUGCAGGUCAUAGUGGACACACCGACCAGCCCUGUCACGAGUGGGCUUCCGCUUUUCUUUGUCAUUACUGUUACAGCUAUUAAGCAGGGUUAUGAGGACUGGCUCCGGCACAGAGCCGACAAGGAAGUGAACAAGAGCAACGUCUUUGUCAUUGAAGACGCAAAGCGUGUGAAGAAAGAAUGUGAGAAAAUCAAGGUUGGCGACAUCGUCGAAGUGUCAUCAGAUGAAACCUUUCCCUGCGACCUGAUAUUCCUCGCAUCGAAUACCAAGGACGGGUCUUGUCAUGUCACUACGGCGAGCCUUGAUGGGGAAUCCAAUGUCAAGACCCACUACACUGUGCAGGAUACUGCCAACCUCUAUACAUGCCAAGCCAUCGAUUGCCUUACCGCCACCAUAGAAUGUGAACAGCCACAACCGGACCUCUACAGGUUUGUGGGCAGAAUUAACAUCUACAAGGAGAACCAAGAACCCAUAGCCAGAUCCCUAGGUCCUGAGAACCUCUUGCUAAAGGGAGCAACAUUAAAAAACACCCCGAAGAUUUACGGGGUCGCAGUGUAUACCGGAAUGGAAACUAAAAUGGCAUUGAACUACCAAGGCAAAUCUCAGAAACGCUCUGCAGUUGAAAAGUCGAUCAAUGCUUUCUUGAUCGUCUACUUGUGCAUCUUGGUGGGCAAGGCGAUAAUAUGCACCGCGCUCAAGUACACCUGGCAAAGUGUUCCUCAUAACGAUGAGCCUUGGUACAACCAGAAGACCCAGAAGGACAAAGAAACUUUCAAGCUCUUAAAGAUGUUCACUGAUUUCCUGUCCUUCAUGGUGCUGUUCAAUUUCAUCAUCCCCGUCUCCAUGUACGUGACAGUCGAGAUGCAGAAGUUCCUGGGCUCCUUUUUCAUUGGGUGGGACAAAGAAAUGUAUGACGAAUCCCGAGAUGAAGGGGCCUUAGUGAAUACCUCCGACCUCAACGAAGAGCUUGGCCAGGUUGAAUAUGUCUUCUCUGAUAAAACGGGGACGUUAACAGAAAACACCAUGGAGUUCAUUGAAUGCAGCAUUGAUGGCUUCAAGUACAGCCAUGCCUUCUCGGAGGUUGACGGAGGAAAGGCUUCGGAGAAAGCAGCGCUGAGCCAAGAGCAGUGGUUCAUGCGUGCUUUGUGCCUCUGCCACACCGUUCAGGUCCAGGAAAGCGACAAAGUUGACUCCAGGAAAUCAGAUGUGUCAUGCAAAUAUGUUGCAGCUUCGCCGGAUGAAAUAGCUUUGCUUCAAGGAGCUCAAAAGUAUGGUUUCACUUUUCUAGGACAAGAAAACAACUUCAUGAAGUUACAGAAUUCAAACAAGCAAAUUGAAAGUUACGAGCUGCUACACGUUCUCGAUUUUGAUUGUGUCCGUCGGCGAAUGAGCGUUCUGGUGAAGUCAAUAGACGGAAAGCUGUACCUCUUCUGCAAAGGAGCAGAUUCAGCUGUUUUCCCGAGGGUCCCGGAGGCCGAAGCACAGAAGACCAAAAUACACGUGGAGCGUAACGCGCUGGAUGGCUAUCGGACACUCUGUGUGGCUUUCAAGGAAAUUUCCCCUUCCCACUUCGUGCAAAUCAGUAACCGGAUUAAGGAAGCGACGAUGGCGCUGCAGGAUCGGGAAGCGAAAAUGGCCAAGGUGUUUGACGAGAUCGAGACGGACAUGCAUUUGAUAGGGUCCACGGCUGUGGAGGACAAGCUCCAAGACAUGGCGGCCGAAACCAUUGAGGCCUUGCACAAGGCGGGCAUGAAGAUCUGGGUGCUGACGGGGGACAAACUGGAGACCGCCCAGGCCACCUGCUACGCCUGCAGGCUCUUCCAAACCAGCACCGAAUUGCUGCAGCUGACAACCAAAAUGGUGGGGGAGGAUGACCGCAAGGAGGACCGCCUCCACGAGCUGCUGGUGGAUUACCACAAAAAGCUGGUGGUCGACAUGCCUCAUGGCAAGAGGACCUGGCUGCUCAGUCAAGAGUAUGGCCUGGUCAUUGAUGGGGCCACCCUGUCCCUCAUACUCAACCCUUCCCAAGACUCGCGCUCCGGCCACUACAAGAGCAUCUUCCUCCAGAUAUGCCUGAAAUGCACAGCAGUCCUGUGUUGUCGAAUGGCCCCUCUCCAAAAAGCCCAGAUUGUUCGGAUGGUCAAGAACUCAAGGGGCAGCCCCAUAACGCUCGCGGUGGGAGACGGAGCCAAUGACGUCAGCAUGAUUUUGGAAGCUCACGUGGGCAUAGGUAUAAAAGGUAAAGAGGGUCGCCAGGCAGCCCGAAACAGCGACUACGCCAUCCCAAAAUUUAAAGACUUGAAAAAAUUGCUGCUGGCGCACGGGCAUUUAUACUACGUGAGGAUAGCGCACCUUGUACAGUAUUUCUUCUACAAGAAUCUUUGCUUCAUUUUCCCCCAAUUUUUGUAUCAGUUCUUCUGUGGUUUUUCACAACAGCCUCUCUAUGACGCUGCUUACCUUACCAUGUUCAACAUCUGCUUCACCUCCCUGCCGAUUGUGGCCUACAGUCUACUGGAGCAACAUGUCCACAUUGACACCUUGAUGGCCUUCCCAAAGUUAUAUCUGAAUGUUUCUGACAAUGCCAUGUUGCAGUUGAAGCCUUUCAUAUACUGGACCUUCCUGGGCCUUUUCGAUGGCUGCGUCUUUUUCUUUGGCACUUACUUCCUUAUGCAAGAUGCUUCCAUAGAGGACAAUGGAAAGAUGGCCGGAAACUGGACCUUUGGGACAAUGGUUUUUACCGUCUUGGUCUUCACCGUCACUCUGAAGCUGGCAUUGGACACUCGGUACUGGACGUGGAUGAACCACUUUGUCAUGUGGGGCUCCUUGAUCUUCUAUGUGUUUUUCUCAUUCUUCUGGGGAGGAAUUAUUUGGCCUUUUUUGAAGCAACAACGAAUGUAUCACAUCUUUGCCCAGCUGCUGACGGCGGUCUCUUCCUGGCUGACGAUCUUUUGCCUCAUCUUCCUCUCCCUUCUCCCAGAAAUCCUUGCCCUUGUUUUUAGGAACAUGAAGAGAAAAACCAAGCAGCUGGAGAAAGCCGUGCGCCGUCGGAACGCGGCCCUUUCAAUGUCGGCCAGACCGUCGGUGCGACCUCUCCUUUUAAGAGCCUUCUCAGACGAAUCUAAUGUGUUGUAACAG